CGCCAACACCUUUCAGAAAGUUUCCCGCUGAUCUCGCCAUCCCCUCUCCCGUGCUCCCCCCCCCGACUCCGGGCAUGAAGCGGCGCUGAGGGGGGCAAGCCCAGUGUUGUCGCCGGUGCCUGAGCAAGAGCCAUCGCCGCCGCGUGGGGGGAUCCGGCCGCUUCGAGCCCCCUGCCAAACCGAUGACUACUGCAAACUGUGGCGCCAACGACGAGUUCGACUUCAAACUCAUCUUCGGGGAGGACGGGCAACAACAGCCCCCGCCCCUGGGGCCUGCAGAUCUCGAACCAGAUGAUUGUGCAUCGAUCUACAUUUUUAAUGUAGACCAGCCUUCAUCAGCAGUGAACCAGCCAAUCUGUAUCCCAUGCCAUGGACUGCAGCCACACUCCUCAGCUUUGUCACCACCUCCCCAGCUGCAAGGUCACAAAAACUAUGAAGGAACGUGUGAGAUUCCCGAAUCUAAAUACAGUCCGCUUGGAGCCUCCAAGCCUUUUGAGUGCCCUAGCAUUCAAAUCACAUCCAUCUCUCCUAACUGUCAUCAAGGAAUAGAGGCUAAUGAAGACGAACUACAUUCAAACGGUCCAGAAAAUGAUUACCUGGAGAGGCCUUCUCGGGACCAUCUCUACCUUCCCCUUGAGCCAUCAUAUAGGGAAGCGUCCCUUAGUCCCAGUCCUGCCAGCAGCAUUUCUUCUCGGAGUUGGUUCUCCGAUGCUUCUUCUUGUGAGUCUCUCUCUCACGUUUACGAUGACGUGGAGUCCGAGCUGAAUGAAGCUGCUGCCAGAUUUACCCUCGGGUCUCCUAUAGCUUCUCCCGGUGGCUCUCCAAGAGGCUGUCCAAACGAUGAGUCUUGGCCGCAGCAGUAUGGGUUUGGGCACUCCUUAUCACCGAGGCAGUCUCCUUGUCAUUCUCCUCGAACUAGUAUCACUGAUGAAAAUUGGCUUAGCCCCAGACCGACAUCAAGGCCCUCCUCAAGACCCACCUCCCCUUGUGGGAAGCGACGACACUCCAGUGCUGAGAUUUGUUACGCUGGUUCACUCUCACCUCAUCAUUCUCCGACCCCUUCUCCAGGUCACUCUCCGAGGGGGAGCAUAACAGAAGACACGUGGCUAAGUACGUCUCUCCACAGUGUUCCAGGCCUUAGUCCUUCACUUUCCCAGUUCCAGUGCUGUCCGGAGACCGAUAUCCCUCUUAAAACAAGAAAGACCUCCGAGGAUCGGACUGCCACUUUAUCUGGAAAAAUCGAUCUCUGUUCAGAUGACCAAGGUAGUCUGUCACCAUCCCUAGAAACUUCACUAGAUGACAGCUCUGGAGCUCAACCAUCACUGAAGAAAGAUUUGUCCGGAGACCAGUUUCUCUCUGUUCCAUCACAUUUCACUUGGAACAAACCAAAGCCUGGCCAUACACCUAUAUUUCGCACCUCUUCAUUGCCUCCAUUAGACUGGCCUUUACCAGCUCAUUACGGACAGUGUGAACUUAAAAUAGAAAUACAACCUAAAACUCAUCACCGAGCACAUUAUGAAACCGAAGGUAGCCGAGGAGCAGUGAAAGCAUCUACUGGGGGACACCCUGUUGUAAAGCUCCUGGGCUACAGUGAAAAACCAGUAAAUUUACAGAUGUUCAUUGGAACGGCAGAUGAUCGUUAUUUGCGACCACAUGCGUUCUACCAAGUGCAUCGAAUCACUGGGAAGACAGUUGCUACUGCUAGCCAAGAAAUGAUCAUUGCUAGCACAAAAGUUCUGGAAAUUCCACUUCUUCCUGAAAAUAGUAUGUCAGCCAGUAUUGAUUGUGCAGGCAUUUUGAAACUACGAAAUUCAGAUAUAGAGCUUCGGAAAGGAGAGACAGAUAUUGGCAGAAAGAAUACUAGAGUGCGUCUUGUGUUUCGGGUGCACGUUCCCCAACCUAGUGGAAAAGUCCUGUCUCUACAGACUGCUUCCAUACCUGUUGAAUGCUCCCAGCGAUCUGCUCAAGAACUUCCUCAAAUUGAGAAAUACAACAUCAACAGUUGCUCAGUAAAUGGAGGCCAUGAAAUGGUUGUGACUGGAUCUAAUUUUCUUCCAGAAUCGAAAAUCAUCUUUCUUGAAAAAGGACAAGAUGGACGACCUCAGUGGGAGGUAGAAGGGAAAAUAAUUAGGGAAAAGUGUCAAGGGGCUAACAUUGUCCUUGAAGUUCCUCCAUACCAUAACAAAACAGUUACAGCUGCAGUCCAGGUGCAAUUUUAUCUUUGCAAUGGCAAGAGGAAAAAAAGUCAGUCUCAACGUUUUACUUACACACCAGUUUUAAUGAAACAAGAGCACAGAGAAGAAAUGGAUUUAGCCUCAAUUCCUUCUUUGUCCUUGCCUCAGAAUGGCGGCAUCCAAGGCCUACAUCCCAUCCGAACUCAACUGCCUUCUUCAGAAUCGGGAAGCCCCCACGAUAAUUUACUGUCUACAUCACCCGGGAGCCUUGUGUGUCCAAUUCAGCCACCCUAUCCAUCAAUGAUAACCUCCCCCAUAGCCCAUCUGCCACAUAUGCAAAGUAGGAACAUCAGUCCCAGUGAGGAAUGCCACGUAAUGCCUUCUGUUGUAGUCCACCAGGCUUUUCAGGUAACGGCCGCACCCCCCGUGGGGUCUUCUUACCAGCCAAUGCAGUCGAAUGUUAUGUACAAUGGACAGGCUUGUCUGCCCAUUAACACUGCCUCUCAUCCAGCAUUCGAUACGCUUUCAUUUCAACAGGAUGCGGCGGUACCUCACUUAAUAAACCUUGGCUGCCAGCCUCUGCCACCCAUACACUAUCAUCCUUCAAAUUCAGGCCCGUUGCCAACAGCAACCUCGGCACCCAGGCAUGCUUUAGGACCUCCAUCUUGUUCAGAGCAGGCGUCACCUCAUUUUCCGCCAAUGGGCUACCAGUGCCCCAGUGCAGGGCCGGGUCCCGUCUCCUCCACUUCCCCAAAUCAGGCCGUGGGGCAGGUGCCCUCUCAGUUGCAGCCAGGUGCGUACCACCCUUCAAACCCUGGACCUACCACGUCAGCAUCCCCCACAGCUUCCCAUCCCUUGGUCCAUUCCCCACUGUCUGGACCACCAUCUCCUCAGCUCCAACCUAUGCCUUAUCAGUCUCCUAGCUCAGGACCUGUUUCCUCACCAUCUCCAACCACUGUAACUCACUCUAGACAACACUCCCCUCAAGCACACAGUCCUGGACUGGGAAGCCUUUCUGCACCCUCGUCCUUAGUAUGCCACAGGCUGUGCGAUUCAUCUCCGUUUUCGCCAGAUGGAGCAACUUUGAACAUUAAACCUGAACCGGAAGAUCAGGAAUUAAAUUUUGAAACCAUUGGACUCCAGGACAUUACAUUAGAUGAUGACCAUUUUAUUUCUGACUUGGAAUACCAGCCGCCAGGUCCAGCAGAGACAUGGGCUCAACAGUCAGCUCUCAUAUCCAACUCCUUUCUGGAGAAUCUAGAGGUGAAUGAGAUUAUAGGCCGAGACAUGUCCCAGAUCUCUGUUUCACAAGGAGCAACGGGGACCAGCCAGUCGUCUCACGAAUGCCCCGGCUCUCUGGAUUCUGGACUGUCGGACGGAGUCUGAAGUUGGCUACCCCUGCCUGCAAUUAGGUGUCGUUAACAUUGCACUUCUCUCUGAGUAUUUCUCAUCUGUCUCCUCCUCUUAGACUUACUGUGCUUCCAACUCUGUGGCCUUCAUGAACUGGAAAAGGGGGUCUUUACUGCCUCAUUGAUUUGGGUGGAUCUGUUCUUGAGGUAGCAAUGGUGUUUGUAAACCCAGUUCCUCAGAUGAUGGAAACAUUGACUUUGUAAAUGGACAGGAGUAGCACAGAAUGUUUUAACCUGUUUGAAGAUAACUCGUGAGCUUUGCUUUGGAGCAUUUAAAUAGGCUACUCUUCUAUCGCGACUGCUCAAAAGAAUUUGAAGAUAUGUGUUAGUUUUGCUCUUAUAAUCCCAAUCAGUACUGAGUUUUGAGAAGGAUUUAACCCACCCCUCCAGCGUGCUGCUUUUCUUUAGAAGAGCUGUAGAAUAGUUGGUAAUGAUGACUUUUCUGCUUUUUGUCAUUGGAAGGACCUUUCAGGUUUACUCUUGUCUAAAAGGAGACUUUUUAUCGUAAAACCUUCCGGAGACAGAGAUACUUGUCAGCUGCAGCCAGCUCCACAGAAGCCCAGAAUGUAUAAAAUGACAGGGUUUUGUUUUUUUCUUAGGCUCGUAGGAAGCAAAGCCAAAUGUAGAUCUGCACUUCUUUAUAAACGUAACAUGUUUUUUGUGAUAGGUUGAAGAGACACCAUUCCAUCCAUGAAAGAGUUGGGAUAGAAUUGACAUUCCAAAAUCGAAUCUUUUUGUAACUUUAUAGAUGCUCUUCUUGUAUUCGGUGACCUAGGCUCCAUACUGAAAUAGCUUUCCUAGCAAUGUUACCCUUAGAGCCCGAUUUGUUACCCGGCAUUUGAGUUGUACCAUUCAUUUCAAAGCCAUGUUUGCAGGGAGGACAGUUGGAGCUUUGCCUUUUAUAUUUGAAAUAUUUUCAAUCCACCAAUCUUUAGAGACCCUGAACUUUUUCCAUGCAGCCAAUUUUAAAUGUUUCCCAUCUGAUUGCACAGAGAGCUACUAAUGAUGUUUUAUGAAUUCUUUACCACUUUUGACUGCCGAGUUCUAUCCACAGGUCAGUGUCCAUCAAAUCAGGCCCAGUCUCCCAGGAGCCAAAAGAAACCAUCGACUCCAGAUCCAGAUGACCCAGUGUGAGAGCACUUCAAAGUAUGGGACCAAUUGAUUGAAAUGUGUUUUUAGUGUGACGGGCUCCCAACAUACUGCAUGUCAGUAUCCUGGAAAAAUAAGGCCUUGCCUCAUGUCUAAUGCUUUGGGGAGAGGCUGGAGGAUUGAUUUUUUUUUUUUAAGAACUGGGAAUUGUGUCCACUCCAUGGACUGAAAAAAAAAAUAAAUCUCCCCACUUUUGUUUCAAGUCCCAGCUAGUUCCAACCUCCCUUCCCUCUCUCUUCCCCCCCGCCCCCCGACCCACCUUGUUAAUCACUAGUGGAAAAACAGAGUGAGUUCAGGAAAACUUUAGGGAGAAAUCAGUGAUUGGGUCUAGUAUAGACUUGGCCAAAAACACGAAAGAAAAUUCACACAGUGUCGUUGAGGGACUUUAGCCACUUUUGCCAAGAGGAGAGAGCGCAGAAGCCCAUGGUGAUUAAGAAGCCCACCAUUUUUUGAUCAUGUAAAACCCCAUAAAUGAAUCAAGUCAAUAAAUUGGCCAUUUGGGUGGUGAAGACUCAUAAACACACAGCUAUCUGGAGGGAAGAAAUACAAAACAGGAGUAAUGCUGAUUGUAUUUUACAGGACUCUGGACAGAAAACAAGGACUCUGACUUAGUUUGUAGGUCCAUGGUGAUGGCGACUUUUCAUAGCAAAGAUAAGUUUAUCUUGAGUUAUAGUUUGUCUCACCCCCACCCUUUCACUCCAAAGACAAAUGGGAUUCGUUGCUUUAUACUGUAGUGCUCCCAAACUCAGACUUUCUUGAUUAGAAAGCUAGCUGUGGACCUGAAAGUGCCGAAUGGGGCCACAGAUAUUUCACAGUAAGCUUUGGUUUACCGAAUACAACCUGCCUAUCGGAUACAGAAAAAUUUAGAUGUCAGGUCGAAGACCCAGAAACCUUAGUGUGGCUCCUUAGGAAUCCUAUCAAAAAUGGGACAUACAAGUGUAAUGGACACCAAAGUUGUUAGAGCUGGAGGAGAGGGAGGCUUUAUAACUCUGCAAAUAAAGUAGAUAUCUGCUAAAUAGGGCUCAGUAUAGUCCUACAAAUUGCCCAAUUUUUUUUAAUAUUGCAGUUGAAUUGUGAAUCUUUGGAAUGUACUUUCAGCUAAAGAUGAUGAAAGCCUCUCUUCUCCCCUGAAUUACUGUCUCCUUAAAUGAAGCCUGUUUGCUAAUUUAAUGGCUCGAACUGUCUGAAUUUUCACUUCAUAAAUGAGUGUGUGUAACACCAUAAUUCCCUUGGUAAUUUGGUUCAGGGAUUCUAGGGGGAGCAACAUAAGUUAUUUCAAUUAACACCUUAAAAUAUGAUGUUCUUUAUCCCUUAGAGCAGUCCUGAAAGUUGCAGGGUAAAUGUCUGUCUGUGAUGCGUCCUUAAUUACCCUUCCUUUGGUACACAUUGAUAGCCAAAAACCUGUCUAAACCAAUUAAUCUAAACCCCUGCAUGGAUAGAAAGGUUCAGAGCAGUCAGUUGUUUCAAAAACCCCUGUUUUUGAAAAUAUUUGCCGGGGAUCCGGGGAUGAAGAAGGGAUUCAGCCCUGUAAAAUAGCUACGUUAUAAGGGUGAAAAAGUUGAUUUUGAUCGAGUCUCCCAUCAGGAACAACAGAUGAGUCUCGGUUCUGAGACAUCAGGACCAAGAACCCACACAGAGGAACUGAUUCUAGUGCUAGUGACUUUGACAGCCCCAUUCACACUCUUUCGUCUUUGCCAGUCACGUUCCCACUGGGGCACAGGGCGCAACAAGCGAGUGGACAGGCAGAGGUGCCACACAUUGUGAGGCUCUUGGGCGGUCCUCGCCGGUGGUGGCCAGCUAGCAGGAGGGGGUGACCCGGGGCUGCAACCCAGGUUUCCUGAUUCCCGGAGCAGUUUAAUGAUUGGCCCCAGGUCCCACAGCAAGGUAACCGAAGUCCAUUCCUUCUGUUUGACCUACAGUGGACAUGGAGCUGCUCAAACCCAGCAAGGGCAGAACUCAUGGCCUGAAGUUCACCCCAGGCCGAGGGGGGAAACCCACUGAAGCUCUUGAAGGGUAGCAGUGAUUUUUAAACCCAAACCAAGUUGACAGGCCCAGUCCACCUAGUACUUGGUUCCAAACUCUCCACUUCUCCCAGCUCCCUUGUCUUUCCCUCUUCUCUUUCUCUCAGUCCUGAACAGUGGCAUCCCUGACCAUCUGUCCUCCUCCUGCUCUGACUGCCUGCCAGCCUCUUCAGGUCUCCAAAGGGCCUCAGAGGACUGCCCAGCCCUUCAAAGCACUCCCAUUUAUAUCCACCUCUGGCUACCGGGGACUCAACUCUAUCUCUGUUACAUACCCUAAAAUAGAGAGAUGUGCACCCAACCCCAAAACUCCCCCCACCCAACUCUUUCUGCAAUCCCUUGUCCAUUACUAAAAUUGAACGAGUGGCAUAGCCCCUCCAACCUCCCUAUCCCCUGGUCAGCAAACCUCAGGACCCAACCUCUCCGUUAUAAUAAUCUAACCCCAGCACUCCCUCACCAUCCAUGUGCCCCACUCCAGGGCUCAAACUCUUCUGCGUUACGGACCCUAGAACAGUCAGCACGAUCCCCAACACUCUCUGUACCUCAAUGCCUCACCUGCUGAGGGCCCAAAGCCUUUUCCUUUUACAUAGCCUGUAAAAGAGAGGGAGGACCCAGCCCCAACACACCCAACCACUUCUCCAUUACAUACCCCAAAGCAGCCAUACCCAUCUCCAACACUCUGUGUACCUCAGUGCCCCCACUCCUAGGGGAACAUACUCAUAUCUCCAUUAAAUAGCUUGUAAUAAUGAGGAACCGGGCGCCAACAUGCCCAAUCACUUCUCCGUUAUAUAUCUGAAACUGCUCACUGUUGCCCAGGCCCCAACCUCCCCACCACCACCUGCCUCAUAACCAUAGCCCAGAGGCGAUCCAUUGCCCAUUUUGUAAUAAUGGGGGUACCCAGCCCAAACAUACCCAACCAGUUCCCCAUUACAUACCCCGGGUCAGUUAUAACCCUUCCCAACACUCCCUCCUCUGCCCACUGCCGCCCUUGGUGCCUCAGUUUCUCCCUUACCAAGGGACCAAACUCCCUCUCCAUUACAUACCUUGUAACAGUGGCCUGUCCAGGCCCGAAUACACCUGACCACUUCACCAUUACAUACCCAGAUCCAAAAUGACCCUUGCCUCUUAACUGCUCCUGCCAGGGGUCCGAUCCCUUUCUCCAUUACGUAUCCUGAAUCAAUCACUGGUCUGACCUGCACCCAAACGCCCAGCCCCUUCUCCAUUACUUGCCUCUGAGCAAUCUAUUCCCAGCACUAACACCCGUGCCUUAUUGCUCCCACUGCUGUGGUCUCAAACCCCUUGUUUGUUAUGAACUCUGUAGUAGUGGAGGACCUAGCCCCAGAGCACCUAACCACUUCCCCAUUAUGUACCCCAGAACGGUCAUAUCCAACCCCAACACUCCCUCCUCCUCCUACUCCCUCAGUACCUCAGGUCUACCCCUGCCAAGAGCCCAAAGUCCACCUCCAUUAUGUACCCUGAAACAGUCGCUACCCAGGCCCAAAACCACCUCUGCCAGGGAUCCAAACCCCUUGUCCAUUACACACUCUGAAAUUCAAGAGUACCAAUGUGCCCAGUCGCAUCUCCAUUACAACCUUGGAACGGUCAUCGCCACCUCCAACACUCCACCUUCCCCCAACACCUUCUGAACCUCAGCAUCAUCCUUCUUUACCCCAUCCCCACUGAGGGUGCAAACUCCAUGUCCAUUUUGUAAUCUGCAACAGUGGGAUGCCCCAGCCCCAAUCCACCUAUUCUCCAUUACCUACCCAGACCCAAAACUACCUCUGCCUCAUAACCAUCCCCUCGGGGAUCCAUUCCCGUGUUCCAUUACUAUACCCUGCACCAAUAUGCCCAGUCACUUAUUACUUGCCUGUAAACAGUUGGUAGCCAGCACCAAUACCACCUGUGCCUUAUCUCCUCCCGACACCCACUGCUGUGGUCUCAAACCCCUUGUCUAUUACAUAUGCUGAAAAGGUGGUGUCCUCAGCCCCAACACCCCCAAUCACUUCCCCAUUACAUACCCUGGAACUGUCAUAAUAAAUGGUAUUUGUUAAGCACUGACUUAUGUGCCAGGCACUGUACUACACACUGGGGUAGAUACAAGAUA